AUGACAGAGGUGACAAGUGAGAAUUUUUGGAAAAUUCUUCCUCAAAUAGAAGAAGAAUUAAAAUCAUGUUCUUUUAUAUCAAUCGAUUGCGAAUUUAGCGGUUUAUUUACUCAACGCAAUUGCCUUUUGGAUUCUCCCAAAGAGAGAUACAUGAAAUUGAGAAGUGCCGUGCAAGAUAUUUCCAUUAUUCAAAUGGGAAUUACUUUAUUUAAAUUUGAUAAUUUUAACGAUCAAUUCCAUUCAUCUUCAUAUAGUUUUUAUCUUAUGCCUACAGGAAUAUUUAACACCAAUACAAAAUUGACAUGUCAAAUUGAAAGUUUGAAAUUUUUGUGCAAAUAUAAUUUUGAUUUUAAUAAAGCCAUUUAUAAAGGUAUCAAUUACAUAAGUGAAAAAAAUGAAAAUGAACUUAAAAAAUUUUUUAAUCAAGAUAAAAUAACAAUAGAGAGUUUAUAUUUCUCUGAUUGCAUUAAAGAAAUUCACUCGAAAAUAGAUAAAUGGCGUUUAAACACUAAGGAAAAAAGCGAUAUGAUAAUUAAAAUUUCUGAAUUACCAUGUAAAAGUUUAAGAUAUUUAAUUCUAUUAGAGAUUAGUCAAAGAUUUUCUAAUUUGCAACCUACUCUAACUGAUGAUGAUGCAAUUGUAAUAAAAAAAAUUGAAAUGAAACGAAAAGAAAUGAAUAUCGAAGACAAAUUUUUUUUACAAAAAAAAUUAUUUCAAGAUAUUAUAGGCUUUAGUAAAAUAAUAAAAGAAAUGAGGAAUGUUAAAAAGCCUAUAAUAGCACAUAAUUGUAUCUUAGAUAUAAUGACAAUUUAUCAACAAUUUAUAAAACCAUUGCCAUCAAAUUACAAACAAUUUAAAAAUGAUAUAAAAAAAUUAUUUCCAAUUAUUUAUGAUACAAAAUUUCUUACUCGUGAAUUAAAUAAUUUAAUAAAUAAUGAAAUACCAUCGAAAUCUCUAUCAGAUGUUUAUUUGUAUUUUAAAAAUGGAAAUGUUGUACCAAAAAUAUUAUACAUGCCAAAAAUAAUUAUGAAUACAAUAUGUGACAAGUUUCAUGAUGCAGGAUUUGAUUCGUAUUGUGCUGCUCACUGCUUUAUCAACAUAUCAUAUUUAUUUUCAAUUUGGGAUGAAGAAGUUAAAUCAUUAAAAUAUUCCAGUAUGCCAAUCAGUGUUACAAGAUUGUUCAGCUCUGUUGAACCCAUGAAAAAUCACAUAAAUCUAUCGAGAGGUCAAGUAAAUGCUUUUGUACUCGAUGGUACAGAAUCAAAAAAUUUAUCACAUACUUUACUUUGUUUCGAAUCAAAAUUUAAUGAAUCCCUCGACACAACAAAGGUACUGGCUGAAAUGACGAACAGGUUCGGUGUACACGACAUAAUAUCAACAAAUGAACAUAAAGGAAUAAUGAUAGUGCCCAUAAAACGUGUUAAACCCAUAAUCGAUUAUUUUAAAAACAAUAAAAAAUUCAAAAUUCAAUUUUCGGAAAAACAUUAUUUAAUUGUGGAUUAA